AUGUUCGAGGCGGUCAACCACAACACCGCCAAGGCUCUCGACAUCGUCGACGAACUCUGCAAAGAAGUCGACCACCUCGAGCGCACCUCACGCACGAGGGAGAAGCUGGAGCCUCUAAAGUACCACUCCGGCCUCCAGGCCGUCCUCCUGCUCCUGCACUACGAGCUCCACGAGAAGCUCCGCGCCCGCACCGACGCCCUCCACACGCUGGCCAAGGCCCAGAAGGCGCUCGACGUGAUGAUCUGCGACAUUGACGCAAACACCUUCGCCACACUCAUGCUCGGAGACUUCCCUGGCGCGGACCUGCACGAGGAGGGGCAGCGCGAGGCCGCGCUCUGGGCGAAGCAGAGCCGCGACAUUGAUGCCCGGAUGGUACGAAUGAAGAGGGAGAAUGAGGACCUCCGGCGCAAGAUUAGUCGCGUCGCGGCUGUCAUUGGAGACCCUCGUGUCAUUGACGAGGCGUUGGUGAUUGAUGGCGUUAGGUGCUGUCUUCUCGGUCGGAAGCCAGGGGCCACCAAGGAGGAGAACCAGAAGGGGUACGACGGGCCCAAGGCGACGUCUCUGGAAGAGGUGAAGAGAGCUCUGGACGAGGCGAAUGAGCAGUUUUUGGAGCGCCAGGAUGCCUACGAGAAGUCGCGGGACAGCGGCGAGAAAGAAGAUGAGGUGACUGGAAAUGCUGACCAGGUCCCUGCCCAUGAACUUGAUGGCCGCGCUGUUGAGGCGGAGAGCGGGUGUUUCCAUGACAUUGAGGGCUGCCGUGAAUGCGAUAGGCCUGGACUCUGA